AUGGAUGCAACUACUGGUCUUUAUAUCGAGCAGUAUCCUAAUGAGACUUACCUCGUUGGAAACUGCAAGAAGAACGGGGGAUGCUGGAAUCAGAGCAAGCUCCGUCUGGACUCUUGCCUCGGCGAUAAUGGCGGUCGCUUUGAGUGGGGAGGAACCGGGUUCACCGCGCAGGCAUCCAACAUCAGAUUCAAUGCUGAAGAAGGCGCUGGCCAUAAUCCUAUACUGCGAGCUGAUCUUCGCGACUCAGCUGGCAGAUUUCUCCCCAACAAGGAUGUGAAUCUCGCGGAGAGGAUCAACAACUACGAUGGGAACCUUGAGUUCCAUUGGAGAAUCGACAAGAACGUUAAACCCGUCCAGAGUCAAGCAGAUUACUUUGCACAGACGGAUUGGUUCAGAAGAGAUAACUAUGACGUCCUAGAAACAAGGUGUGGGGAUAUAUUGCUUACAUUUCCCUUUGAACCCCAGAGUUUGUCGUACUCGCCCGCACCAGUACAGCUUCACGUUAGCCAAAGCUUUCUUAGUAAUAACUUUCUUAUCAUGCCCGGGUCGUCGACAUUCUCGAUAAAUGACACGACGCACGGCAAAUACGACAAUUUCCGCGCGGCCACGGGCGCUUUACGCAAAACGCUUAAGGCCCAAGAGAUUCACAAGACCUUACUCAAUCAACUAUUUUCCAUCUUCUUCAACUCCCUCGCUAUACUCCAGCUGGUUAUUGGCGCAACGAUCACAGCGCUAGGGCCAUUGGCCGAAGACCACAUGGUGGCAAUUACAAUCUUAGGGGCAGUGAAUACUAUCAUUGCUGGUGUCAUUGCUCUCAUGAAGGGCCGCGGCCUACCGCAACGUCUGCGAAAGGACUUGGCUGAGAUCAGAAAAGUCAUGACCUAUAUUGAAGAGGUGGAGAUCAAUCUGAAAUAUGGAGAUGGUGAGGAGGCAAAUCGAGACGUUAUGAGUCUAAUCAGAAAUGUUUUCGACCAGUAUAAGACAAUGCAGGACGUGAUUGCCAUGAACCAACCAGACACUUAUGCCAAUACGCUGCAGUUGGAGAGGGGCAAUCAACUAGGGAGAGUCCGCCCAGUUGACGAGGAAAUGGGCAUUUCAGCCAGAUGA